CCCGACUCGUCGCACUUGCCGAGCGACCAUGGCCUACCAUGCACAGUCGUUCCAGUACCAGCCCUCGAGCCAGGCUCAACCCGGCCAGGCGCACCAGCAGAACUCGAUGCAGGCCAUCCUCAAUCACCAGGACUCGUACUCGGUCGUACAGCAGCAACAACUCGUCGGCGAUGAAGAGUACAACCGGCUGCUCAAGAACUACAAGCUCGCGCACUUGCGCAUCGAAGAGCAGCGCUCGGCCAUGCUCGAGCAGGAGAAGCAGAACGCGGCUCUGCGCAAGCACAUUAUGCUCCUCGAGGGCGGCGACUCGGGCGGCGCAACCGUCGUCGGCGUCCACUCGGCUGGAGGUGGUGGAGGAAGUACGGUCGACGACUUCACGAUCAAGAACUCGUCCUCGUCGCUCGAGCGCCGCAUCAACCGGUGGGCCGCCGACACGCUCGCGGCGCACCUUCGAGCAGCGCCUCCUCCCCCGCCAGGCACCGAUGCCGCCUCGUUCCAGCACCUCGCCCUCGUACCUCUCGCCGAGGCCCUGUUCCGCGACGUCGACAACGUCGCCGCGUCGCCGUUCCUCGUCGGCCUGAGCCAGAUGGGCUUCGACUACCCGGGCCUCGGCAUCGUCGUCCAGAGCCUGCUGCGGCACGUCAUGAGCCAGCUCCUGUGCGACGGCAUCGUCAACAAGCUUCUCGUCACAAAUUCGGAGGACGCCAACCAGGAACUCACCAAGCUGCACGAGCAGCUCUUCCACCGUGAACCUCUUGUCGCCUCGGUGUGGCGGCGGCAAACCUUCUCGGCCGCCGUCGACUCGCUCGACCCCGAGAUGUCGCUCUCGCUCUUCCGCGAGCACAUGGCGCACGUCUUCUCGCUCAUCAACCCGGACCCGUCGACGAUCGCGCCUGAGCUCGAGGCCGUCCUCGACGCGAGCUACCUGUACUCGCGCAUGCUCCACAAGAGCUACUCGCCCGGCGGCGCGCUCGAGGGCAGCGGCUUCUACCGCAGCUUCGUGUGCCAGGUCGGCGCGCCACUCGACCCGACGCAACUUGAGCUCAUCAAGAAGUGCUACCGGACCGAGCGAGGUGAACCCGAGCGAGUCGGCGCGUGCCUGUUCCCGGGCCUCGUCAAGGAGACGGCCAUCGACACGACGCCCGUGCCGCAGAUCACGAUCCGGCAUGGCCUCCCAGGCGUCCAGACGGCGCCGACCAAGAAGCGCGAGACGAGGACGCUCGUCGUGCGGCGGGCCCAGGUCAUCUGCGAAUGCGCGCUCGCUGCACACGGCGUCAGCACCCACGCCCGCACCACAGCGUCGCCGGUCCCGAACGGCUCGGUCGGCGCGAGCAGCGGCGCACACUCGGUGCAGUGA